CCUCUUCAAUAACACACCCAAACACAAAAAGGGGAUGAAAAAUUGAAAUUGAAACUCCCACAAACCUCACUCCCCAUCGCCAUGGCUAUGGCUACUGCUUCUUUUCCUCCUCCCUUGGCCACUGCAAUUUCAUCAAAUGUGUUCGAGAUCGGAAAAUUCAACGCAGUGAUUGAAAAGGUCGAAGCGGGUGGGUGUUGCUCGUCUGGGCGAUUUCUUCCGCCGAAGCCGCUGCUGAUCGGCCGGCCUUCCGACGCCGGAGAGUUCCCGGUGCUGUUGCUCGUCCAUGGGUAUCUCCUUUACAACACUUUCUACUCUCAGCUCAUCCAUCACAUCGCCUCUCAUGGCUUCAUCGUCGUCGCCCCUCAGUUAUACACUGUGGCCGGACCAGAUGCAAGCGAAGAAAUCAAUGCAACAGCCGCAGUAAUGAACUGGCUGCCCACGGCUCUCCGGCAACAUUUACCACCGCACGUGAACCCAAAUCUAACAAAAAUAGCCCUAGCCGGCCACAGUCGCGGCGGCAAAACUUCUUUCGCCUUAGCCCUACAGAAAUCCUCAAAAUUAUCAGCCCUAAUCGGCCUCGAUCCCGUGGACGGAACAGGGUCCGGCAAGCAAACCCACCCCCCAGUCCUGAAAUACAUCCCUCAGUCCUUCGAUCUAGGGAUCCCGGUUCUGGUAAUCGGGUCGGGUUUGGGAGAAUUGAAAAGGAAUCCUUUGUUUCCGCCUUGCGCUCCUAAGGGGAUCAACCAUGAGGAGUUUUUCAAGGAGUGUCGGAGUCCGGCGUACCAUUUUGUGGUGAAGGAUUAUGGGCAUUUGGAUUUGUUGGACGACGAAACUGGAGGGAUUAGAGGGAAGGUGAGCUACUGUUUGUGUAAAAAUGGUGAAUCUAGAGAGCCGAUGAGGAGGUUUGUUGGUGGGGCUGUGGUUGCGUUUUUGAAGAGUCGUUUGAAUGGGGAAGAAGGGGAUUUGAAAGCCAUUGAAGAUGGAGAUUUGAUCUUGCCUGUUCAUCUUCAAACUAGUGAAUCUCUUCUCUGAAAAUGACUCACAGCUGAGUAAUUUCUUGUGGAAAAACGUAUGGAUCAUCUUGAUAUUGAAAUGGAAGGGGCUUGGAUGAAGAACAAAGUCAAAAUUGUGUAUUUUGUUUGUAGUAUAUACAAAACCAUAGCUCACUACUCAAUUACCUUGGAUGAAGUUUAAAAUGUAACUGAAGAAUACACAUAUUUACGAAUUAUAUUAUUUUAUAGUCAUUCGAAUA